AUGGUAUUUGAUCCUGAACUAGAUUUCGUGUCACAAGCAGCAGGCUACGCUGCAGGUCCAGUCGCUAUGGUGAAAUCAGCAGUUGAGGGUGCUGUACCCAUGGCCGCUGCCUUUGCUCAAGCAGGGCUGAGUCAGGCGGCGGCUGCAGGCUCGAAAGGGCUCGAAUUUGCAUGCGAGGGCAUUGCACAAGGUGCUCCGAUUGCAGCAUAUGCACAUACGGGCCUCAGCCAGGCGGCGUCCGCAUUUGCGAUUGGCGUGGAGCAGGCUUCGGGGGCCAUUGAGCUCGCUGCCUACGCACAGGAAGGGCUGACUUAUGCAGCCUCUGUUGGUGCGAAGGCCGCCGACCUAGCAGCUGGAGCCGUGGGACAUGCUGCACCCAUAGCCUCUGAGUACAUUCAGAAGGGCACGGAGAUGGCCAUUUCUGGCCCUACAUCAACCAUUGUGAUAGGCGUCGCGGGCGCCGUUGUGGGGGUCACAAUCGCACCCAUCGUAGCACCAGCCGUUCUGGGAAUGGUUGGGUUUUCGGCUGCGGGUCCUGUAGCAGGGUCAAUGGCAGCUGGUAUGCAAGCUGGUAUCGGGAACGUAGUUGCUGGAAGCCUGUUUGCGGGUGCGCAGAGUGUAGCCAUGGGAGGCGCUCUCCCGGCCAUUGGUAGUGUCAUCAGCGGAGGCGCUGUGGCCGGUGUAGCCACGACCAUGAAGAAGUUCUUCUUCUAA